CGCCAAGCUGGACCCGAAGAUUUUGCAUCCCCAGACCUGCUCCUCUGCCCCGACCCCCGGACGAUAUCCUGAAAACACAGCGCUGCUCCAAAACACAGGGCUCCUAUUGGUCAGCGAAGAGGAGGAAGAGGAGGAGUAUGUCAGUGAUGCAAGUCUACCAGCUGCACUGCAGGAGUUCACAAACAACUAUAGAGAUGCAGAGACCAUCACUGAUGUGUGUAACAGUACUGAUCUGCCGGAGCUCGAGAUUAUCAGUUUAUUGGAGGAACAGCUGCCCGUCUACAAGCUGAGGGCCGACACCAUCUUUGGCUACGACCAAGAUGAUUGGCUGCGGACGCCGCUGGUGGACCCCGACUCUUCCCUCGACCUGACUACUGAACAGAUAGAGGAGACCCUCAAAUACUUCUUGUUGUGUGCAGACAGAGUGGGCCAGAUGACGAAGACCUACAGUGACAUCGAUGCUGUCACUCGACUGCUGGAAGAGAAAGAGCGUGACUUGGAGUUGGCGGCUCGUAUCGGACAGUCACUGCUGAAGAAAAACAAAGCUCUUAGUGAGAGGAACGAACUGCUGGAGGAGCAAGUAGAGCACAUACGAGAGGAGGUGUCUCAGUUGCGUCAUGACUUGUCCAUGAAAGAUGAGCUGCUUCAGUUUUACACAAACGCUGCAGAGGAAAGUGAAGGGGAGUCUGCCACCACAACACCGGUACGCCCAGCUGAAACCAGUGUGUCAUCUCCAACACCUUUCCCCCUCGACUCCCUGCAGAAGAAACUAAAAGAUCUGGAAGAAGAAAAUAAAUCUUUGCGAUCUGAGGCCAGUCAUUUGGAGACGGAAACAAUCUCCUAUGAAGAGAAAGAGCAGCAGCUUGUCAAUGAUUGUGUCAAAGAGCUACGUAAUGCCAACCAGCAAAUCUCCUCUCUGGCUGAGGAGCUGGCCAGGAAGAGUGAAGACGCCUCCAGACAGCAGGAGGAGAUCACACACCUCCUCUCUCAGAUAGUAGACCUCCAGAAGAAAGCAAAACUGUAUGCUGUGGAAAAUGAGGAGCUGACUCAGCAUUUAGGUGCAGCCAAAGAUGCCCAGCGCCAGCUCACUGCUGAGCUGCGAGAGUUGCAGGACAAGUAUGCAGAGUGCAUGGAGAUGCUACAUGAGGCUCAGGAGGAGCUGAAGAACCUGAGGAAUAAAACUCUUCCGCUCAACACACCAAGACGUUUCCACUCUCUGGGCCUUUUUCCAAUGGACUCUCUGGCAGCUGAAAUUGAGGGAACCAUGAGGAAGGAACUUCAGAUGGAUGAUCCAGACGUAGAAGAACAGAGGCUGCAUCCAAAACGAGUUUUCCAGACGGUGAAAAACUUGAACCUGAUGCGGCAGCAGCGUUCAUCACUUGCUCCCUCCCCUCUCAACAUCCCAGGCUCCAAUCAGACAUCAUGCCUCACCUCAGGACGCUCCAGCAGGGUGGGCACGCCAUGCUCCAACUCAAUAUAUGGGAGUGAAACAGGAAGUGGGAUCAUCCUGGACAACAGAACCAGCAGUAUCCUGGAGGGUCCAGAUGAUGGGUCAGAGGACUCUAACAAACGUCCCCCCGGCACCCCAGGGACCCCAGGCAGCAGGGACCUGGAGGCAGCCCUUCGGCGUCUGUCUCUCCGCCGCGACAACUACCUCUCAGAAAAACGCUUCUUCGAGGAGGAGAGGGAGAGAAAGCUGGCGUAUCUAGCCAAAGAGGACGAAAAAGGAGGGGAGGAGGGCAGCGGAGGCCCCGGGACACCUGCAGAGAGCCUGCUGUCACUGUGCUCACAUCCUUCCUUUGGAAGCGUGUGGUCAGGAUACUCCUUCACAGCGCGGUCCUACCUGCCGGAGAAGCUGCAGAUUGUAAAACCACUAGAAGGCUCUGCUACCCUUCAUGCAUGGCAGCAGUUGGCUCAACCCCACAUGGGCGCUCUGUUGGAUCAUCGGCCUGGUGUGGUCACAAAGGGCUUCCGCAGUUUGGCGCACGAGCAUGAACAGGAAGACAGCUGGCAGCUGGACCAACCAGAGGAAGACGAAGUGUCUUGUGACUCAUUUACUGGCCUGUCAGGAGAGAACUCCGCUCCUGUAGAUCUGAUGGAUCCUUGCUCUACCUCUUCUCCCUUUGUCUGCUGCAACAAAAAUGGAGAUAUUGACGACAUUAACAGCCAAUCAGAUACAUUAGAAGCUGAAACGUGCCUGACUAAAGAAGCGUUACAAGUCAAAGAUGGACAUGUUGCGAACUUUCCGCUUUCCUUCUCCAGCCCUUUAUCGUCCCCUCUCCCCUCAUCUGAGAUGAACGGGCACGUGGACUUCAAGGAGCUCCAGGCCUUACAGCCCGCCACUGUGGACCACAUGCCUGUUAAUUUCCCAGGGAAGUGUUUGUCCCACACCAGCUCUACGUACACCUUCACCACCUGCAGGAUUCUCCACCCCUCUGACCAGCUGACCUCUGUGUCCCCAAGCCCAGCUCUCUCCUCCUGUCAGAGCACUGCUUGCACUGGCCCCUCUACCCCUGCUCCCUCUCCUGUACCUUUCUCUGCCCCUCAUACACCCUCCUACACCCCCUGCUGCACCCCACGCCGCCUCUCUCUCUCCCUCUCUCUAGCUGAGUCCUCCACCAACCUGAGAGACUCCACCAAGACCACCAGCACCUCUCUGGGCCUGGUGCGCCUUUUGCUGGAGCACGGGAUCUCUGCUUCGGUGUAUAAUCCCCGCAGCUGGGACCGUGGGUUGGAUUCCAGCGGAGCUUCGACACCCAUCAGAGGAGCAGCAGCGCAGAAGAUCGGUGACAUAUCAGAGGAGGAGGAGCUCAGACGAUCUGAGAAACGUCCAAACACCCUUCUCCUUCUUGAGCCCUCCACACCGCCAAACUCCCCUCGUGCUAAAUCAGCGUCAGCUACCUCCAACUGCCCAGUUUUUCAGUUCAGCCCUUUGAAUGAUGAUCCGCCAUUUUAUGAAACCUUCCUCGCCUCUAAACCAGCACGUACCAUCCUGAGGGAGGUGCUGGGGGAGGCAGAGAGGGAGCAAACAGAAGAAGAAAGCCCAACAGACACAACCAAGCUUCGACUUGUGGACAAACUGAAAAGCUUCCGCACCCUUCCUCCUUCUGCAGGCUCUCUGUUAGCCUCUUUUGGCUCUAAUGGACUCGGGAACAGCUCUCUUAGUGGGGGCCUCCCAGGCUUGAAUGCAGGGCUGAGGAGGAAUCGAAGCUAUCCUGCCAUGGUCGGGGCGAGUAUGGCUAUGAAAGACCCAGGAGGUCCCCCCAGCACAGAAAUUCUCAUACCACAUUCGAUGCAAGCCCCUAGCACCCAUCAAGAAGUACACCCAAAGGAAAUGAGCAAAAUACAGACAAAUCACACCCUGAUUAAAAAGGCCUCGCACAUACCACAGACACUACACGCACUGGAAAGUGUCGCACCACAGACGAUCAUUCAGAGACAUACACGGCCAAACUGUAAACUGUGGCAUUCGACAAGCAGUGAGCUUAACAGUGACGAUGAGAGUGGGACAUAACGGGAGAUAUCCACAUCACAUCUUACUCAUACGACAUGAUGACGCAUAUACUCAAAACACUCUGCAUUAUUAUACAGCCAACCUUCAGCUAUGAUAAAGCCCCAGAUUAAACAGCCACUCUGAUGACAACAGUCCGCCCGCAGACUCAGAUAAACGGUCCUUGGGGCUCACCGCCAGAUCGAUUAUGAUACAGUGGUGAGUGAACCACUAAUGGCUGGCACUGUUACACUGUGUUAUACUCAUUUACUGUCAAACAGGCUGAUGAUAACAGAGUUUGUUGCCUUCCUCAGAGUCUGUUUUAAUAGUAUGUUGUACACAUUGUUUAUGCAAUAUACUGUGUCAUAUAAAGUUGAUAUUAAAAGCCCAAUCUGGUAAAAAUACAGUGGCACCUCCCCAUGAUCCCCUUCAUUUUUAUUUCCCACCUUAACAUGAAUGAGUGCAAUAUCAAAAGGGACUUUUUUUAAGUCAUGACCCGAAUAUAAGAUUUUUGUUUUUCCCCUCUUAUUAUUUUUAAAUUAAAUAUUAUAUGUAAAUAUACAGUAUAUACUGUAAAAAAGAAAGGAUGUGCAGGAAUAGCUGGCUUAACUGUUAAAGUCAGAUCUCUUGGUAGGUGGCACCAGAAUUACGAGUCGGUUUGACUAAAUCUUAAUAUUUGUUUUAUUUCAGACCCACAAUCUCGGUCAAACUCUCUGUUUAAACUGUAACACCACUGCACACCACUAGUAGCCACUGUAGCUGUUCCUAACAAAUACUUCCUUGUUGCUUCCAGCACUUUAAUCCGAUGUAAAACAACACCGGUCUGAUAACAUUGAUAGCUCCUAGCAGAAAAAAUGCGGUUUAGCAUUUUUUUAACUAGAAAAUAGGGAUAAAUUUGUCCAAAUGUUGUAUUGGAUUAUACUCGCUUAAAAAUGAAGCACAGAGAUGAGGACAUCAACCCAGAAGAGGAUUGAAGGCCAGCAGGUCAAAUGUUAGCACUGCUAUCCCUAGCCACAUUCUCUGAUUGUGUGAAGUUAAAUGUGUUUUCUUGACAAUGGCAUAUUAGGGCCACUCUAAGAAAUUAAAAAAGCAAAGAUUUUUGCUGGCAUGGCAAAACCUUGUCCCUCUAUUUUUCACAUUUUUCAUUUUUUUUCAUAAAUCAGAGCUAUUGGUAACCUUUUGCCUCUGUCAAUGGGCUUUAAGAAAUUUUAAAGCAAUAAAAAGUGUUGGGGUUGUGGGGGGCUGGAGCCUAUCCCAACUUUCACCGGGCAAGAGGCGGUACACCCUGGACUGGUCACCAGUCAAUCGCAAACACUCACAGCACAUUUAGAGUCACCUAAUGACUUGACAAGCACGCUUUUGGUGUGUGGGAAGCCAGAGUACGUGGAGAGAACAUGCAAACCCAGCACAGAAAGGCUUUAAAGUCGUGAGUUUGGAGAAAGGAGAUAUUGGCCAAAUACCACUGAUUAUUUUUUUUUUUUCUAACUAUUUAUAGUGAUUUAUUAUUUUUCUUUAAAAAUUUGGAAAGGAAAAAACUCAAAAUUUUGACAUAAAGUUGUAAAUUUUUACAAAAACAAACUCUGAUUCUUGAGUUUAAAAAGUAAAAAGAUAAUCCUUGAAAUUUGAGUUAAAAAGGAAGUAAAUUUUGACUUAAAACUCAAAAUUUUAGUUUAUAAAGUCAAAAAUUUACAAGAAACUAAACUGUGGAACUUAACUUUAGACUGGUUGAUUAAACACGAUUAGAAUUUGUGUUUAGUGGAAUGGGAAAUUAUUUCUCCAGGAACAUCAUCAACUGCAGGGCUACACAGUGACGCAUCCACUACCCAAAAACUGUUGUGUUCAGGAUGUGUUGUAGCUGCUGCAACACAAAAAUAGCCUGAAAGGAAUUUCUUUAUCAGCGAGCACUGAAGUUUUCCUAUAGAAUAGGCAACAUACUCAUCUAAUUAGUCUUUGCGUUGUGUUUUAUAUGUGUGCAAAGGGACUCUGGUUUUGUUAAAGCCUCUGGUAAAAGCUUGAGGGUUGAGACGUGUCGGGCAGAAACAAAAAGCUCUCCAAAUGUUAAAUUUCUACUGGCCAACUGUCCUGAACAAGGCUGAGGAACCACCUGAAACUGUUUUUAACUUGAUGUUAUUCAGGCAUCAGCUUGGAUUUUAUUUGAAUGUGGGAUCAGUGUCAAAGUAAUUUUAUUUACUUGCAUUAACACCUAAAUUAACAUCUUAUAUUCGGGCCUUUGUGGGGAUUAUGCACCUUUUUAGUUAGUUUGUGUCUGUGUUUUAUUGCACUGGAGCUGAAUGUGAGUUUUAAUGAUGGCAUUAGAGAUUAUUUUCAACUAAGAACUCUCUUUAGACCCUUAGUCCCUUUUACAUUGUAAUGUGUGUUGGAAAAUAAUCCAGAUUGUGGCUUUAAAGUGUCAUCCUGCUGUGACUUACUGUACUCAUGUGCCUAAAACAGCCAACAUGCUGUAUUUCAUUCUGUAUGUAUUUGCAUUUCUUUUGUUUUCAUGUUAAUGCAGUGGAGGACAUUAAUGAGAAUAAUGGAUGUGUUUGAUCUGACCCUGCUGAGAGUCUUCUCCCAACACAGGAUUCUUUGUGUCUUUUAUGGAUCUUUGAUUAUAAUGAGUUGAGUGGAGCAUUGCCUUCACGUUCAAUCUGCAGGGUCGUGUAGCUCAUUGGCACAAUCCAGACCAGGUCCAGGUGUUAAAUCACUGUGAGGACUGAACUCAAGAGACCGACCUGCAACAGAUUAUUUAUUUUAGUUUUCUUAUUUAGGGGCAGACCUACUCUUUGCAUACGUCUGUGUUGAACGGGUUUGAAGAGGGUGUAAAAAGGAGAUGGCUUAUGAUCUAACCUAAAAUACAUUUCAAAGAAAUGCAGAUGGAAGAUGUAAAAUCAAAGAAUAAGUCUGCACAGGCUCAGCUGAACCAUCCCAGAUUCACUCAAACCAAAGUUAGACCCGAAUAAAAAGUAGGUGGGACCACAACGCAAAAUUCAAACAUGUUUGUUAAAAAAGGUGACAAAACCUGGAUCACACAGUACAUACAUUUAUUUUAUUUAUUUAGUUAAAUUCCAACAAGUGUGUGGUUGAAAAUAUAGCAACAUAGAGAGUUGAUUGACUAAUAUGUUUAUGAAUGUAACUGUAGGAGUGACUUGAAACAUCCAAAUGUUGGUUUUUAGAGCAGGAGGAGAUAUUUUAGCACUCUUUUUAGCUUGAGGGAAGUCUGUUGUACCACUGACCCAGUUCCAGUGUCCGUCCUCUUGGAUGUCCAUGUGACAUCCCUCUGUAUACAUGCAGAAAACUUCUGCAUGAGACAGGGGACUUCACCUGUCCCGCUCCUCAUGCAGCAUGAUCACUGGCGCCCUCUUUGGUCUCGGUUUUGGUCCGGGCCUCUGACUACUGUUCUAGUUUGAAGCAAGUAAAUGGAGAAAAUGGCCUUCUCUGCUGCUGGCAGUGGUCUGUUAUCCUUGAUUAUGAAGGGUUUCAAUGUUAUCAAGUGGGAGAUUAAUAGAAACUUAAAAUAUAUUUAUUUAACACUGAUUGUUAGACAAGCAUAUAACUGAAUGUCUAUUGUGUUUGUUUAGACUUUGAGACUGUAUUGAAUCAUCACGCUUGUUUUUAGGUCUUCUUGGAAACAUUUCCAUCCGAGUCAGCUGUCCAAAAGAUACAGUGAUGCUCCAUUCAUUUAUUGCACAUUUGGGAAACAAACAAUCAGACAAUUGACAGUAUUUUACUAUGAUACUAAGUGCUAAGCCUGAGGCGAUGAUGAGUGUUUGUGUUUGUAUGUGUGUGGAUUUUUCUGUGUGUCAACUGAAUCAUCUGAAUGUAAGUUAUACAUUAAUUCUGCUGUAGGGCCAUAUAUAUAUGUAUAAAUAUAUUUAUGUACAAUAUGUUGAUUUAUCUCCGUUUUCAGUUUGUGUUGACCUCAGAAAGGGAAGCUGUUAUGACAUUGUAAAUGUAUGCAACAUAUAGUCAUGCUAACAUUUUUCUUAUUUUAAAGAUGAACUGUAACAGUAGAAGAACAAAACAGGGGAUUCAGUUUAUUUUGAGUAAAGAGGAGAAUGUUUUUUUGUUCAGAGACUGAAAUGUUCGAUUCUACAGAACAGGCUGGACUGUCAAUAAAAAGUUAAAACCUGAA